AAAUUCUUGUUAGUCGAUUAGUAACCAUUCAAAAGUAUAUAUCAUAUCGUAGUUAUUAAAUAACGGUCAACCGCUAAAAUUCUAAUGACCAGGACAAAAAUGUAUCCUAAAGUAUUUACGGUGUUUUUGGAAUUUAAAAGUUUUUAAAAUGAGCAGUAAAAGGAAAAAAAUCAUCAUUGCGAAUAUUCUUACUUUAGUGUUAGAAAAUUUAUAUAAAUUUGGCAACGUACGUAACCCGUAAAAUCGGCGUGGAUUACGAGAAAUGUUCAACUACAAUGCGAAUAUGCGUUAAAGCGGAAGACUACAAUAAACCCAUUAUUCGGUAGGAAAUGGCCUCGUUUUCGACAAAAAAAGCUUCUGUUGACUUCGUAGGUGCAGCAACAUAUUCCCUGACGCAAGCGCAAUAAUGUUCCGCAAAAUUCUUUGGUGCGGCAACACUUUAAUAUGGCAGCGCCCAAAGAUAGCGAGCAGAGAAAUCCGAACAAUCCGAUUGGUGGUGCGAUAAUGGUGAAAAUAAUGUUUGUUGUCUCUCUCACUCCUUGGUUUUCAAUACCAGUUUAAGGAGACGAGUUAAACUUUUUAUUAUUACGAGUUGUCGUAACGUGUUGUUAUUGUUGUGUGAAAGUGUGUAUAUAAAGUGUGAGAAGUGCAUCAUCGUCUUCAUUCUAUAUUUUGACAAAUGUUUAGUUGGAGUAAAAGUGUCGAUCGGAGGUUAAAAAUGUCACUUAAAGAAGAUAAAAACUUAUGUGCUUCAGUGGAGAGUGCUCCUCAGCUGUACGAUAAAGGCCACCCGGAUUAUGGUCAGAGAAUGGCGACAGAUGAGGCAUGGCAAUCGAUUGCCCAAUUGAUGGGGAAAUCAAUGGAUGAAUGCAAGAACCGUUGGCGAAAUAUCCGCAGCGCCUAUGCACGCUCCAUUGGCGUCUAUAAGACCAAACGUGGAGAGAAUUCCAGGAGAUCGUAUUAUUUAGCUGAGGAUUUAGAAUUUCUAAAACCACAUCUACCUAGAGACGCUAAUACGGAGAUACUAUCAGGAGCUGGAGGAUAUGAGAACAUCCGCAUGGACAACGGUAUUCAAUUCGUAAAGAAAUUAUUAGACAACAUGUCUCAAACUCAGAAGAGUCGGUUCAUUGCUGAAAUUCUUAAAACGAACGACGAAAACUCCCAUCGUGGAGAGCGUGCAUGCUUCGUCGACAAUGAAGUAAUUCAGCAGAGCAUGACUAGAAAUGUUGGCACACAAACUAAUAAUACGAGCGAGUUGGGUGUAUCCAACCCACAGCAAUCGCUGGAUGCAAUUACUAUCAAGAAUGAACCAGAAAUAUCACUAUAAAUCAAAAUUCGUAUAUUCAACCUACAUGAAUCCCGAUGGGGGCACUAAAAUUAGCAGUAAUUUGACAUUUUCUUAAAACUGAGUUUCUAACUAAUUUCAAAUAUUAUCACCUUAUAAGACCCUCCAACUGUAGAGAGACUUCGUGCGGCAGUGCGUAUACGCAAUUUCAACAGUGAAACGAAUAUGGGCGCAUCUGUAUACAUAUAAGAAAUAUUUAAUAACCAAAAUUUUAUAUGUAAUGUUUUAUAUCCAGACAAUAAAUAAUAAAACAAAA